AUGGGGAACAAUGGCGCCAACUCGAUUUCUGCCCUCUACGACUCCCUGUCUUUCCAAUCAGCCAACCGGUCGGGCAUUGCCGCGGUUCUGCACUUCUAUCACACCGUGCGCGCCGCUACCCAACAGGCAUCUUUCUCCUCUGUCGCAAACUACCUUCGCUCUCUCUACAGCAAUGACACCUUGAAUUCUGGUCAGAUAGUGUUCCUGGCGACCUGUAUCAUCACUAUGGCCGGCUGCGGCUUUAUUUCAUCCUUCAUGCGGCGCCGCUCGUCGCCCGAGAAGAAAAAGACUUCUCGGGCGCGGUGGCCAAUAGUGCGAAAGAUGUCAUCCAAGUCCACCAAGUCGUCUUCCCGAACAAUGACCUCGUCGGAUGACGAUUACGAAGACGAGGAAUACGACAGCAAUGGGUCGCUCCAUCACGGCACCGAUCCUCAUCGUCACGCCACUGAGUGGUCGUCGCAGCCACAGCAGAUGACCUCGGAUGCUGUCAAAACAGAUCCGGGUCUACUCCGGAAAUUCACCACCUUUAAUUCCUACACUACCUCGGUCGCGACCUACCCGGCCAUCCGAACUUUCUAUUGCCCACACCCACAUCUGAACCGUCUUCCCACCAAACCAUCCCCCGUUCCGUUGCUGGUCUUCGUGCAUGGGUUGGGUGGCUCUCUUGCCCAAUUUCAUCACCUGCUGACCAGCCUUUCCAAUGUCGGGUCGUGCUUCGGUAUUGAUCUGCCCGGCUGUGGUCUGUCAAAGUUUGCGCCAACCGAAUGGGAUGCGUAUUCUGUAGAGGCUUUGGCCGACCUGAUCGCAGUAGCCAUUGAGCAGUACCGGGACAAGGACGCUGGGCAAAAUGUCAUUCUUGUCGGCCACAGUCUGGGAUGUUCGUUGUCUGCUUUGCUCGCUUCGUCGACCUCUCCCAUUGGCAAGAGCCUUAAGGAGCAUAUCCUUGGACUCAUCGCGGUGUGCCCUCGCGCAUCACCUCCAUCAGCUACUGAGGUUACCACUUUCCGGCGGUUACUCAAUAUCCCUGGUCCUAUUUUUGACUUGUGGCGUCUUUGGGACCGACGCGGGGGUAUACAGAGUGCAAGUGUGAUGCGAAUGGUCGGAAACGAUGCUGAUGCGGAGACACGAGAUCUCCAGGUCCGCUUCAACAAACAAAGCAAGACUCCCGUGUGGCGCCGUAUGGCAUGGGGCACGCUUCCCGAUUACCAAGCCGACGGCGAGCCCGCCGGUGGCAUCCCGGGUGAGAAGGUCUGGGCUGGCAUUCGCAUGCCGAUUCUAUUGGUGGCCGGAGAGGCAGAUUCAGUGACCAAACCGGCGGAGAUUCAGAAGCUCCUCAAGUAUUUUGGGGACGCCUCGGCUCAUACUGCUAUCGAUACUAGUGGAAGUAGUGUCAUCCCAGAUGCCUCCCAAGUCCAUGAUCGGGUACCGGCUUCAUCAACCGGUCUUGCUCAUGAAGAACGAUUUGGGAUUCAGCCUAUUAAUGAUGAGAAGGAGGUAGAACAGCCUGACGCAGCUUACAGCGAACGCAAAAGGCUGGUUAAGUCGGCAAUCCUACCGGCGCCCGCAUCUCAUGCUCUCCUCUACGAUCGAGCGACCUACCGCACUCUUGCAGGUAUCAUCCAGGACUUUUUGUCACAGCACAUUGACAAGCGCCUCGGACUAGGAUGGCAACUGCAAUACAUGAACACAUCGGGAAAAUGGGAUGUGAAGAACCUUGCGAAAUGGAAGAAGGUCGAACCAGUUUCUCAGCCCAUCGCGAAUACGUUUGCCGCGCUGAAGAUGCUUCGCGAGGUUGACGAAGAGCACAACCCAUCGCUUUUCUCGGAGAAAUACCGCGACCGCAUUUAUGCUGUCAUCGACAUCAGCCACGAAAGUCCGGUUUACAAUCCGGCAACGAUGAAGAAAGGGGGCAUUCACUAUUGCAAGCAACCGACCGUGUCCAAGAUCCCUCCCACCCCCGACGAGACUCGCGACUUCAUCGCUCUCGUCGACCGCCUCCAAAAGGAGAUCGACGAUAAGAUGGAGAAGCGGGACGAUGCUACUCUGCCACGUCCACUAGUAGGUGUACAUUGCCACUACGGGUACAAUCGCACGGGAUUCCUGAUCGUGUGCUAUCUCAUCGAGCGCUUGGGCUUCGGUGUCCAGGAUGCGAUCGACGAGUUCAAUCGAUGCCGGCCGCCUGGUAUUCGCCACGGUCAUUUCAUCGACACUCUUUUUGUACGUUAUUGUGUUGGGCUGAAGAGAGCGCCUACCUUGUAA